CGGCAGACAGGCGGCCAGUCGGUGUGUGGACGCGGGUUGGAAUACACUACCAGUUGAAUGGCGUACUCCAAAUAUUCUACUCAAGCGCCCUUGUUGAACCAAAAUUCUUGCUCUACGUGCCUCAGCAGAAGUCGAAUAGCGAAAUGCCGCCUUUCAUAACGUGACAUAACCUCAAUACAGCGAGAUCGGCUGUUGCUGGGGGACCAUGAUACAGCUGUGGUCGCUGCUGUUGUUGUUUAUGACAGCGUAUUCCAAGGUCGACGACAAUGUUAGAUAUGAUUCUCUCAUCGGCAGGCAUAUGAACAUGUAUACACCUUACGAUGGCGCCAAACAGCUGGGCAAUGCCAGUUUCGUGUCGCUGUACCAGUCGCAGCCGGACGGGGUGCGUCGCCAGCCCCAGAUUCCGCUCUCCUUCAAGUUUCCCUGUCCCCUGGAGACGAGGAGGCGGUCGGCAGAGCGACCCACCAGCGUGCACAGACUGCGGCCCGGGGACAUCGACGUGGUGGGAGCCAUGGGUGACAGCCUGGUGGCCGGGAACGGUGCUCUCGAGGAGUACGCGCUGGGCACCAUCAUAGAGUACAGAGGAGUCUCCUGGUGUGCUGGUGGAGAGGGAACAUGGCGAGAGUUCCUCACUGUUCCUAACAUCCUCAAAAUGUUCAACCCCCGGCUGAGCGGCUACUCCGUAGGCAAGGGGGAGUUCCUGUCGCCCAACUCCCACAUGAACGUGGCCGUCCCGGUGUCUGCGGAUGCCGACGCGCUCAAGCAAGCUCGCAUACUCGUCUACAAAAUGAAGAAGGAUCGAGGAGUCGAUUUCCAUAACGACUGGAAGGUGAUCACGAUGUUUUUUGGCGCCAACGAUCUGUGCUCAGGCCAGUGCUACGACCACACCGGCACCACUCCCGAGGCGCACGCUUUCAAACUGCGCCUGGCGCUGGACUAUCUGCAGGAGAACCUCCCGCGCACACUCGUCAACCUGGUCCCGGUCCUCGAUGUGUCGGUGAGUGUUCGAGUAAAACGCUCCAUCAUGUGUCGCCUGCUGCACCGCUUCUUCUGUACCUGCUUCCACCUCCGCGGUGCAGCCGACGAGAUGAGCAUCAUCACAGACCUGGUGCGAGGGUAUCAGGAAGCGGAGGAGUUACUGGUAUCCAGUGGACGCUAUAACAAGAAGGAAGACUUCACGGUUGUAAUCCAGCCUUUUAUAAAGCUGUUCAACGCUCCCACAGAGCCAAGCCGACGCUACGACGAGGUCAUUGAUAUCUCAUACGUUACUUACGACUGUUUCCAUUUCAGCCAGAAAGGACAUGCUUUGGCGGCCAACUUGCUGUGGAACAACAUGUUGGAGCCUGUCGGCCACAAGACAACUAUCGGGUUAGAUCAUGUAAUGCAGCGAUUCUACUGUCCAACGGAGCAGGCUCCAUACAUCUUUACUUACAACAACUCUGUCCAGUUCUUACAGACAGGCCGACAAGACUGAGCCUUCUAGAUUCUUCUAAACAUAGAAUGUUGGUAUAAGUACAAAGAUUUUCAGAAUCUAAUUACAAAUUAGAUUAUCUGUCAUUAAUUAAUAAUUAUUUUCUGGUUUCCACAUGUCUCUAAUAUUAAUUAAUGAUCCAUACUUUAAUAGUAUAAAACCGAAGCUUCUUAUAGUUUGGUAGUAGCAAUGCCGUAUCCUAAUUUUGGAACCGACAAACUGAAGUACUAACGUAUAUUUCUCAAACCACAAACCAAGAAAUAUUUGUUGAACACAUGUUGAGGGCAUAAAGCUGAGAAAUUUCAACUUAUAUCUAUUUUAAACAAAUUCAUGA